UACGCAAUGGAGAAGAUCACCGAUAAGGUCGCGGCCUUGCCGCCCGACAGCAACUAUUUCUCGCUCGAGUUUUUCCCUCCAAAGACCGCUAUGGGCUUCGCGAACCUACGCGACCGUCUCGAACGUAUGGCAAGAGGACUUAGGCCGCUUUUCGUCAACGUCACUUGGGGCGCCGGAGGUUCAACCGCCCAAAAGUCUCUCGAGCUUGCCGAAAUCUGCCAGCGCGAGCUUGGCCUUACAACAUGUCUUCAUCUUACCUGCACAAACAUGAGCCGUCGCCUGCUAGACAAGACCCUCGAGGAUGCAAAGGUCCUCGGAAUUCGCAACAUUCUUGCCCUCAGAGGCGAUCCCCCGAGGGCUGCCGAAUACCACGAUGAGAACGACCCCGAGCCGACCGAUGACGAGGAAUUCUCUUGGGCCGCCGACCUCGUCCGCUAUAUCAAGAAAACUCACGGCGACUACUUCUGCAUUGGUGUUGCCGCCUAUCCCGAGGGCCAUGCAGAGGAGGCCCAUCCUCGCGAGCAGAGCUUGGAGCAUGAUCUCCCUUAUCUCGUCGAAAAAAUCCAGGCCGGUGCCGAUUUCAUCAUGACACAACUCUUCUUCGACAUCGACGCUUACGAGCAUUUCGAGAAUACUCUGCGAGACCACCCUAGCGGUGCCUUCAAGGACGUCAUCAUCAUCCCCGGCCUUAUGCCCAUCCAGAGCUACCAGAUGAUCAAGAGAACGACGAAACUCAGUCACGCCAAGAUCCCGCCCGCUCUCAUGGCCCGCCUUGACGCUGUAAAGGGAGACGAUGAGAAGGUCAAGAUGGAGGGUGUUGCAAUUGUCAGUGAGAUGAUUGAGCGCAUCAAGGAGAUCAAGAGCAGGACACCUGGCCCGCGAGGCUUCCACUUCUAUACUCUGAACCUGGAGAAGGCCGUUGCAUUCAUCGCCGAACGCACGAAUCUCAUACCCCCUGGAACGCCCGAUGAGGACGAGUCUGCCAUCCUGCCAGACUUCCCUCAACUCAGGAUUAACGGAUCUUCGGUCCCAACUCGAUCGAUUCAGGACCUGUCGACUAGAAAGGGCUCAAUUGGCUCCGACCCGCGGGAUCGGGUGAUUGUCGCGAACCAGAGACCCUCGCAUCCAGACUACGAGGUUUCGCCUUUGGAGGCCGGUCUUCCGGCAGAGCCCGUCAACACCAGAGCUAACACACUGGCGAUCUCUGAAGGCGAGGGUGUCUUGGGUCGUGAAGCGACUUGGGACGAUUUCCCCAACGGUAGAUGGGGUGACGCCAGGUCUCCGGCCUACGGUCAGAUUGACGGCUACGGCGUCAGCCUGCACGUCACCGUCCCCCAGGCGCUCCAGCUGUGGGGCUCCCCAAAGACCACGGAGGAUAUCAACAAUAUCUUUAUCCGUCAUUUGAAGGGCGAGCUUUCCGCCAUCCCCUGGAGUGAAGAGGGUUUCAACGACGAGACGGAAGCCAUCCGGGACAAUCUGAUCGAGCUCAAUUCCAGGGGCUGGUGGUCGCUUGCCUCCCAGCCCGCCGUGAACGGCCUGCGAUCGGACGACGGCACCUUUGGCUGGGGCCCCGAGAACGGCUUCGUCUUUCAAAAGGCCUUUGUCGAGUUCUUCAUCCCCUCGGCCGACUGGCGGGUACUCGAAGCGAAACUGAGGCAGCCAGACAUGAAGGACGCCGUGUGCUUUUUCGCCACCAAUGCCGCCGGGGACUUUGUCAGCACCGACACAAUUAACUUUCGCGCGAGAAUGGCCGCCGAAGCGGAGGGAACUGCUGAGGCCGACCACAGGCCGCAUGAGCCUAGCACCAACGCGGUAACCUGGGGCGUGUUCCCCGGCAAGGAAAUCCUGACACCGACCAUCAUCGAGGAGGUCAGCUUCCGCGCGUGGAGUGAGGAGGCGUUUGGCAUUUGGAGCGAGUGGGCCAAGAUCUACGGAAAGGGAUCCGACACCCAGAAGUUGUUGGAGGACUUGAAGGAGGAUCUUUGGCUGGUUAAUGUGAUUCAUCAUGAUUAUCUUGAGAAGGACGGCCUUUGGAAGUUGUUGUCUCAGUAGAUAUGAGCGCCAGCGAAGAAGAGUUGCGGUUGAGUGGGAGAAGUUGCACAGCAUUGAAAGGAGUUUCACAAUGACACGGGUUGAGAUGCAUCUAAGGCGGGUUGGAUGGGACCAAAUAUUAGAAAGUGAUGGGUUGUUGUGCUGUACGUUGAAGUAAAGCCGAGUGGGGUUGCGUUGCCUUUGACAUUUCAUGAUAGACUUUUAGGUGUAACUUGUAGUGAGUAGAUGUAUGAUGAGCGUAGAAGAAAUACCAGCGGCUUGGUGGUCAUGUUGUAAU